AUGGGCCGUUCGGCGCGGGCACUGGGGAUGGCGGCAGCUGCGCUGGGAGCACUGGGGUUGUUGAUGAUCAUCGCAGGCUUGUCCCAUUACGGGAACAGGCAGAGGAGCACGCAAUUGCUUCAGAAGGCAGUGAUGAAGAAGCAAAUCAAGCUUGCCAAAGGACAGAAGCUCGACCAGGAAUACGAGGUUGAAGGAACCAUGGCGACCAACACCGAUGCAGCACCGGAGUCUGUCCCUCUGUCCUUCGAGCUACCCGUUGAGCUGCCGGAUCAUGGAGAGCCAGCACAGCCCAAUGUUAUCACCAUUGGACCAAGACCGCUCAAGGUUCCCGUAUGCAAGGAGUGCAUCGAGCAAGAGAAGAAGAUCAAGAAACUGGAACACAAGCUUGAGAAGGACAACGACAAGGCUAAGGACAUUCAGGAGCAGCAGAGGGAAAUGGUGGACAAGUAUGACAGAAAGAUGCAAACGGUCAUCCAGAAGAUCAAGGACAGGAUCUUCAAGAAGGGACAGCAGUACAAGGAGAUCGUGUCCCACCUCAAGACGAAGACUGGUCCUGAGGGCCCUCCUGGUCGCCCUGGCAUUCCAGGAGAGGACGGUGCUCCUGGCAAGCCUGGAAAUCCUGGACCUCAGGGCCCUCCUGGACCAAAGGGCAUCCCGGGUCCAAAAGGGCGUCAGGGACCGCAGGGCCCCCAGGGAGAUGAAGGAAUGCAUGGACCUGCUGGGCCUGAGGGACCUCCUGGCGACGAGGGCCCCCAGGGACCCAAGGGACCUCCUGGACCCCUCGGCGAGUCUGUUAGCAGGCUCUGCUCGGCCAUGGAAGGAAAGAUGUACCGCGGUAUCUGCUUCAAGGGUGCUCUCCUCGAAGAGAACGCGGACAACGUGCCUGAGAACUGCAAUGCUUUCACCCCGGACAUGAGGUUCACUGAGAGUGACGCCACUGCCCUGAUGUCUCUGUUUGCUGAUCGUCCCACUUGGGAUGAGAUCAACAAGAAUGCAUAUGGCGGACUCUGCGGCAACUUCAAAGCUUUCAUGUCCUUCGAGCAGCACGACGCACCCGUGGGAGUCUGGCUUAACCAGAACAGUUUCAUCUACAAUCCCAGCAACUUUCAGAGACCAAGAUGCCAGCUCUAUGGUGAUAAGACGAGCAUGGCAGUUUAUGCUUGUCAGUUGUGAUAAGCAAGCCUUUUUGCAUGUUGCUGUCGGUAUAAACAAUCAAACAUUUGC